AUCAAUCAGCUGUUAAACAGCUGUGCAUUAAAAUUAAUAGUCCCUAAAAAGUUAUCCGGUAUUUAGUAUCAUAAUAGUUGUGUUUCAAAAAUUAUGAAUUUUAUUAGAAAUGGCAGAAGAAUACUCUUAGCUGGUAUUCUGCCAAGUUUACCGGGCGAUCCAACACAGAAUGACAUAGUUUCCAAAGACACAAAAACAUACAAGGCAUAUCUACAAAGCAAGCCUGAUCUAAAUGAAAGUGGUUUGGAUCGACUUAAGGAUAUGUUUCAAGUUGAUGAAUUCGGCAGUAUCUCUUCCGAGUUGAACUCUAUUUAUCAGGCAGGUUUUGUUGGUUUUCUAUUCGGAGCUAUCUACGGCGGUGUUAUACAAUCGAGAGCAGCCUAUUUGAACUUCAUGGAAAGCAAUCAAGCAACCGCAUUUAAGUCACAUCUCGACGCGAAGCGUAAAUUACAAGAUGAAGUAACCAUGAGCUUCGCGAGAGGUGGCUUUAAAUGGGGAUGGCGUGUUGGUCUAUUCACAACUUCAUACUUCGGAAUAAUAACCUGUGUUUCGGUUUAUCGAGGGAAGUCUUCCAUAUUUGAAUAUAUUGGAGCUGGCUUUGUAACUGGCAGUUUAUAUAAAAUAAAUUUGGGGCUCCGAGGAAUGGCCGCUGGAGGCAUUAUUGGUGGUGUGUUGGGAAGUAUUGCCGGUGCCGCAUCAUUGGCACUUCUCUAUGCAUCCGGUACUUCUAUGGAAGAAAUUCGUUACUGGCAAUAUAAAUGGCGGCUAGAACGGGAAAAUAUGGUGCACGAAGCAAUGAAGAAACAAGAAGAUGAUGCUUACCAAAAACCCGGAAUUUUUAAAGAGCACGACGUAAAAGUAGGCGAUAAAAUAACUCUGGAUCCCAUUAAGUAAGAAAUACAUCGAAACAAAAUAAGCGUAUGUUCUGUGAAUUUAAGUAGAAACAAAUUUAAGUUGAUGUACAUAUGUAUGUAUAUUUUACAUAUAUUGCAAUUUAGACGAUCAAAUACAGCUACAUUGAAGACAA